AUGUCGAAAAGAACAACGUACGAACGCUCCGAGCUCGGUCACACUUCUACAAAACGCGCGAAACAAGUCGACCAAAACCUACCAUACGACAUCCUCCGCGAUGCCCUCGGUGCUCAAGAUGAAAUUCAGGAUGUGACGAGGGUAGUUCAUUGGUUUCAUCCCAAGGAUCUCCGCAUCCAAGAUAAUACUGCGCUGCACCACGCCUCGGACCUUGCACAAAGGUCGAAGAAGCCGUUGAUAUGUGUAUAUCUAAAUUGCGCUGCAGAUGAAUCCUGGCACGGGACGAGUGCUGCGCGCGUCGAUUUCAUGUGCGAGGGUCUGAAGAUCAUGCAGAAAGAACUGAAGGAACUGAAUAUCCCGCUGGUCUUUCUGGAAUGCGAGAAGCGCGGAGACAUCGUAUCUACAGUAGUCAAAUGGCUCAAGGAGCAGAAGGUCUCCCACGUAUUUGGGAAUUACGAGUACGAGAUCGAUGAGAUGCGUCGCGAUAUCAAGCUGGUACAGGAGGUCGGAGAGGAUAUCCAGGUCUCGUUACAUCACGACCAGACUGUUGUGGAGCCAGGAACUAUGCUCACAGGUGCCGGAACACCAAUGAAGGUCUUCACUCCCUACCACAGAGCGUGGAUGGAAAUUAUAAAGAAACAACCGGAGCUCCUCGACACGGCACCUCCACCUGCCAAAAACAGCAACUCCAUCAAGAAAGAACUGAAAGAUCUCUUCGAUACCAAACCACCAAAGCCCGGACAAGACAAGCAGUUCGACAACGACGACGACCGAAAACGAAUCCGCAAACUCUGGCCAGCGGGCCACGCCGCCGGAUCAAAACGUAUGGACGCUUUCCUCAAGCAGAUCGAUAACUACGCCGCCACACGCUCCAACCCAGCCAAAAACAGCACAUCCCGCAUGUCCGCCUACUUCUCCGCAGGCAUGUUCAGCGUGCGCGAAGCCUUGCAAAAGGUCAGCGACUACAACCACGGCAGCACCGACUUCACUGAAUCCGGGUCCCGAUCAGGCGUCUACGGUUGGGUGCGGGAGAUCGUGUUCCGAGAAUUAUAUCGCCAAACGACGCUCAUGACGCCACACACUUCCAUGAAUCUACCGCAGAACCUGAAAUUCGACUUUGUGAACUGGGAAGACGAUGAAGAAGGGUGGGAGAAGUGGUAUAAAGGGCAGACAGGCGAGCCAUUCAUCGAUGCGGGGAUGCGGCAGCUCAAUACAGAAGCCUACAUGCACAACCGGCUGAGGAUGAACGUGAGCAGCUAUCUGUACUGCAAUCUGUUGAUUGAUUAUCGCCGGGGCGAACGAUAUUUCGCGGAGACACUGAUCGAUUGGGAUCUUUCGAACAACACACAAGGCUGGGAACCUAGUUAUACCGUGUUCAACCCGGUGAGCCAGUCGGAGAAGAACGAUCCCGAUGGAGACUAUAUCCGGAAGUGGGUACCUGAACUCAAAGACGUACAGGGAAAGGCCAUCUUCAAUCCCUACGAACGUCUGUCGAAGGAAGAAUUCGAGAAGCUCGGCUAUCCCAAGCCGCACGUCAACUGGAAGAAAACCAAGCAAAGGUGCAUGGAGAGAUUCAAGAACGACAUGAAGGACGUUUCCCCCUAA